AUGGAUGAAAGGUUAAAGAGAGCAGCUGAAACAGGAAACAUCGAUGCCUUGUAUUCAUUCAUCCACCACGAUGCCAAUGUUUUCAAGCGUAUAGAUAAGAUGGAGUUCGUGGAUACGCCAUUACACAUUGCUGCAGUUACAGGCAAUAACGGUUUUGCAAUGGAGAUGAUGAACUUGAAGCCAUCGUUUGCCAGGAAACUGAACCAGGAUGGCUUUUCCCCCAUUCAUCUAGCCUUGCUUAGUGGAAAACCAGAAAUGGUUAUUGAUUUUUUAUCUAUUGAUGAAAAUCUUGUCCGUCUUAAAGGGAGGGAGGGUUUCACUGUUGCUCAUUAUGCAGCUCGGGAUGUAAAUGUUCAUCUUUUGUCGCAGUUUUUGGAUGUUUGUCCCGAUUGUAUCUUUGAUUUGACUAUGAGGAGGCAAACUGCUUUGCAUAUUGCUGCAGAAAGCAAAAACUUUGAAGCAUUUAAAGUUAUGUUGGAAUGGAUUCAAAAGACGUUCAAAGACAGUAGGUCAACGAGAAUUAAAAUCUUGAACCUACAAGAUAAGGAUGGCAACACUGUAUUGCACUUAGCUGCAUCAAAUAACCAACCAGAGAUGAUCAAACUGUUCGUAAAGUGCAAGGAAGUCGACAGGAAGAAGAUCAAUAAACUUGGUUUUACAGCAAUGGAUGUGUUACAAAGAGAAACUCUUGCCGAUAAUAGGACGAGUGUGAAAAUUCUGAAGAGUAAUCCCCACAGGUUUUCAAAGUUUUCUAACUUCAAUGAAAUACUGACAGAUUACUUCAAAGAAAUGAAACCCGAAACAAUCAAUGCAUUGCUCGUCGUAUUCUCACUGGUCCUAUCAAUGACUUACCAAGCAAUUCUCAGCCCCCCGGGCGGUUUUGCAGAGGACGGCGCAGCCAGUUCAAAUAAUAAAGAUAGUCGUGAAGGAAAAUCAGUGAUGACCUCAACUAAUUUUAUUCUGUUUUACAUUUCGAAUGGAGUGGCUUUUUUCAUAUCAUUUGUCAUAAUGAUAUCACUGUUUGAUGUCGUCGCUAAAAAUAUCAUGUUUUGUUUGUGGCCACUUUACUUGUUGAUGUGUAUCUCCUACGGGCUUGCUUCCAGUACCAUAGCACCGUCGAAUUCUGUCAGUGAUUUCGUUGUAUUUGCGAUGAUCAAACUAUUGAUAGAAUAUGAGGAAGUGGAUAAGAAUAAGAUCAAUGACCGUGAUUUUAUAGCAAUGGAUGUGUUACAAAGACAAACUAUAGCAGACAAUACGGAGAGUGUGAAUAUCCUAAACAGUAAUCCCCUCACGUUUCAAAAGUUGUCAAAGUUCAAAUUACUGAGACAUGAGAUAAAAGAUAUGAGAGACGAAACAGUGGUUGUAUUACUCAUCGUAUUCACACUGGUUCUAACAAUGACAUACCAAGGAAUUCUCAGCCCCCCUGGUUGCAUUUUCAAGGGCGAUGCAAUUGCACCAACUAGUUCAAAUCAUCGUGCAAGGAAAUCAGUAAUGAAAGCAUCUAGUUUUCUUCUUUUCUAUAUUCCAAAUGAGGCGGCUUUUUUAUAUCUUGGGUCAUGCCACUAUUACUGUUGGAAUUCAUAG